ACAAAACGCCGCCCUCAUUAACGUUUGACGUUACCUCGUUGUAAAUCCGAACAAGGAUCUUCUAUCUUGGAUUUCGGUUCAAAUAUUCUCUUUUGCUGAUUGGACUUAUAAUUCGAGAGACGGCUUCAGCAAAGAUAAAUGAUGUAUGGUAUUGUAAGAACUUACUCGCCAUAUUUAAGAGCAUUACAGCGGUCGUGGGAGCCAAUUAAUGCCACAGGAUCUCUACAAAUUCAGCAAGUCAGAUGGAGAAAACGAAGAACGGAUCCGAAGGCCAAAUCGAAAAUUGGAAGGGUUCGGGAACCCACACCUUUUGAUCCAUGGGAGCGUGAUUUUUUGGUAGAGAAAAUGCCUCAUUAUAGGUCAACAAUGAAUGCUGUUAGGCACUUAUUCAAUGAGGAACUUGAGAGGAAAAAGGAUGAAACGGCAGAGGGUCUAUCAAGUGUGGAACAAGAAAGGGAAGAGGAAGAAGAGUUUAGGCAACUUUUGAAGUGGAAUGAACAGGAGAAUGCCAAGAUUAAUGCAAGAAGGAAAGAGAAACUUGCUGCUAAGGCUAAGGAGAUCGAAGAAGAAAAUCUACAGAGGUUGCUGAGAAAGGAAGAGCAGGAGGCAGAAGAAAUUGAAAGAAUGCGACAGCUUGUAUUGCAGGAACAGGAGGCCAGUAAGACGUUCAUUACCAUGGAAACCAUGGAAGCUGCCAUCAACGAGGCUUUAGACAACCCCAAGAAUUACGACUUCCUCAUCAAGAAGAGCGGAGAACCCAUCCUGCCUGAGGAUACCGCUUGGGAAAGUUUCAAAGAAAGGACAAUGAAAGCCAAGGAUGAGGAGUUUGUAGCAGAUGGAGGAGAUGAAAAUCAGGUCAAAUCAGCAGAGAAUUGACCUUUGACAUUCGGCCCUGUCGAUACGUUACCUCUUUGACUUCUGAAUUGGAGAAGUGCCACAGGCGUCAUGUUGGGAUCACACUGUUUUCUGUAUCCGUGGGUAAAUGUUGGCUUAUGGAUCGUGUUCUCGGUUUAGACUUUUGAAGGAACCAAGGAACAGAGCAUACCGAAAAAGCCCAAUUCAUUGACAGUGAAAAAGGCACAUUUUUGUUCUAUCCCACCUUUGGUCUGCUAUUCAAAACAUUGACGGUUGAAGAAGUUUGAUGCUGAUUUGUGAAAGAGUUGUAUCGUAUCACAUUUUGUGUAUUUUGGGAGAUGAACAUAUAUUUCUGUUCAAAAUGUGAGCGAUUGAACUUCUAUAGGUGGAAAUGAAAUGGGUGAAAAAAGUUAAUGGUUUGUGACAGAAAACUUACAUUAAUGUAAUUGAAUCAGGAUCGUUAAUCGUGAGAUUAACACUAAAUUUUUGUACUUUAUUUGAAUGAGAGAUCUGCCCCCAGUAGUGUAAAUCUUUUUAAACUGCAGAAGCCUCAUUAUAAACACUAGUUUUAAUACUAGUUUCUUCAUGUGUUAGAGUCAAUGGCAUUACCAAUUUGCCACAAUGAGUUUUCAACUUGUAUGUUCUUGAGUUUUGUUUUAUUGUAAAUAGUUUUAUGCAACAGCCCUGGGGAGGGGAUAAUAACACUUCAACCAAUCGGAACCAAGGUAAAUACUGAAACUGUUGAAUGAAUGGCUCCUUGUCAGGGAUGACAACCCUGUGAAACAGGGCCCAGAGAUGUGGAUGUCAGCACUAAAAAAAUGUUAUAGCAGAAGCACAUAAUGAGACCAGGCACUGCAAGAGGGACCUGGGGCCUGUUACACAAAGAGUUGCGUUAAACCAUAAAAGAGCCGGGUUAUUUGGACCCAUCUAGAUUUGUACAUGAAUUCACGUUUUUGAGCAGUUUUGGGUCUGACAUGCAUUUACAUAAUGUUGCAUCAUUUCGUAACUGCGUACCCGGGCACUUGUUAUAACUGUCAUCUCUUUCAAGACGCCACAUUUACCAUAGUAACAUGAACUUCUAAACUGUGCAGCCAAUCAUAAGGGCUGACAAAAAUUGUCGGUGAAUGAUGCCUUUAAAUAAAAGUGACCAAAAAAAUAAUGAAAGUGUCAAGGAAUGUUGAUCUUUAAGGGAUAUGUCACAUGAUAUGCACAAUUUGAGGCCCAUUUCAUAAUUGUUUUUUCACAGAGGUAACAUUGCUUUUAUGACUACUUACUACCAUGGUAUCAGGUCACAGCAGCCAAUCACAAUUAAGUUUUCCUUGGUAGUUGCCAUAAUUUAUGUAAACUCAACUGCAAUUUCCCAAUGUUAUCAGGGGCCUGUUGCAGAAAGAGUUGCGUUUAAGGACGUUCCACAGUUAAAGUGAAAUCCAUGUCAUUUUCACCAAACUUUGCACAUAGAUACUUAAGAACCAUAAUAUUCGAAAUAUGCAAAAAUUAACAUAGGUCCAUGUGCUUGAUUUUUUGCUACAGAGCUUCAAAGUUCACCCAAAUUGACGUUUUUAAGAAUUGCGCAUUCAAAAAAAUUGGGCAUUUUUAGACCGCCCAAGAUUACUACAAUGAGUUUAAACCUCUAUUACUCAGUAAAAAUACAUGAAAAAGUCAUCAAAUUUCGCAAGAGAGUUAAUAAUUGUAUCGUUAGAAUGGAGAAUCUAUUUAUAGUGCUAUUUGUUUGCAAAUUUAAGUUUAACAGCACUGUCAGUUCUUAAAAAUGGCGUAAAAGAUAACAAAAUCCCAAUCUAAAAAAUGUAAAAUUUCAGUAACAAACUACAAACGUACAAUAAAUGCUGCACUUUAUUCAAAAUCCAUGUCAUUUUCACCAAAAUUUGCAGAGUUGUAGAGGAAGGUAUACCUUAGAGGUACAAACAUUAAAAAAUAGGGGUUCAUGUGCUUGUUUUUAAACUAUCAGCAUUUUUAUCAGAGCAAAUGUGCUUUUUAAAACACCAAAAAUGCGCCGAAUGCUUAGUAUCUAUGUGAAGAAAAAAUCAAAACCACUCUACCAUUUAUUCAAACUCGGGGUAAUAUUCGUGAUUCUUGGCAGCCCUGCAGAGUAAAGUAUUUUGAAAUUGUAGAUAAUAUUUUUUUGAAUGGUCCAUGGAAUAAUUCCAUUUUUUAUCUUCAUGAAAUAACGCAUCGGAUCUGCAGUUAAAGUGCAGAAGAUGAGAAAAAUCAGCUCAUACCCGCAGCUAAUUAAUCACCUGUUCAUCCAUUGUGACGUCAGCGCGCAGAGUGUAAACUAUGCGCAGAUCAUAAUGCGCACAAACAUAACUGUGGAACGUCCUUAAACGCAAGUCAAAAUAUCAAGCGCAAGUCCCGAAUACGGGUGCUUCAUUGGCUGAUAAUCAAGUUGUGCAAGAUUUUUUGAGUUGCGUUUGAUUGCAACUCUUUCUUCUACGGGCCCCUGAUAACUUAUCUCUCAAACUGCACUAUCAUGAAGUUUGUUGCCAUCCAAUAUAAGUACAGAUUAUUUUUAUCCUUCUGCAAAUAGUGCAUGAAAAAUGAAUUGUAAUUAAAUGAAAAAAAAAAAAGAUGUGACAAUAAAUUGAAUUUCGGUGAAUUCUUUGGU